AUGGAUGAAAUGAAGAAGGAAAUCAAGAUCAAAAUGCUGUACCCAAACUCUUUUCUCUUCAAAAACUGGGACGCUGCUCUAACCGAAGUGGAACAAAUGGAGGCUGAGCAGUUGUUUCAGAAAUAUGGCUACAACACCUUUCUGAGCAACCGCUUGCCUUUGGACAGGGAACUACCCGAAACACGACAUUAUAGGUGUUUGGAGCGAAAGUACCCAAAGGAUCUGCCCACCAUUAGUGCUGUGCUGAUCUACCUUGAUGAGGCCCUGUCCAUCAUCAAGAGAGCCGUCUAUAGCAUCAUCAACAGGACUCCUCCUCACCUCCUCAGAGACAUUGUCCUGGUGGACGACCACAGCUCCAACGAUGAUUUGAAAGACCAAUUAGAUGCCUUUGUGAACCUCAUCCAAGUGACUAGACCUGGCCUGAUAAAGCGGGUCAAGCACUCCGAACAGCUAGGCCUAAGUCAGGCACGGAUAUCGGGAUGGAAGGCUGCCACUGGUGAUGUGGUUGCCAUUUUGGACGCCCAUAUUGAGGUCCACAAGGGCUGGGCAGAGCCUCUCCUGGCUCGAAUCAAGGAGGACCGCUCUGUGGUGCUGUCACCUGUGCUUGAUAAAGUCAGCUACCAUGAUCUCAAGUUGACCAACUACAACCCCUCAGCAUAUGGCUUCGACUGGGCUCUGUGGUGCAAGUUUGAGUCCUUCCGCCCAGAGUGGUAUGCCAAACACGAUGAGUCACUCCCAGGAAAGUGA